AUGGUUCUCGACAGCUUCCUGUCAGACCAACUAGGAACACUUCGAGUGGAGUCUGCUAAAUACCAGCAGAUUGACCUGGGAGCAGAGGUGUUCAUAGCCCUUCUUCAGAAUGUAGGAAGACAUUGGUCAGUCGCCAGAGUCUAUGGGCGCCUCUGCCACGUCGAGGAGUUAGGAGACGAGCUUGUCACGACCGAACUCUCCAAUACGUUGUGCUGCGCGAAGGCGCGGAUCGGACACGAUGUGCGGAACCGCAUCUUCAAAGGGGGACGAUGGCAUGGCAGAGACGGCAAUGAUAAGGAUGAGGACGAGGCAUCCGAGGAGGGGGAUGACGACGAUCGUGAAGACAAGGGCAGUUGUUGCGGAGAUGACAAAUUGGAAGGACUGAGCUCGGCGAAAAUUACGCGGCUGCGGCCUGUUGCGGAGAAUAUCGUCCAUCAAACCAUGAGAAAUGGGUUCUCAGCCGCAUUGCAGUUGCAUACUACCGACUUGACUUGCUUGACAGGGCAGUUGGAAGACGUGCUGGGCCGAGAGAGCUCCCGAAAGGGCAUCGUCGAACGCGGCGAUGAGCUUUGGAAGGCAGCGGUCGAGGUGAGAUCCACGGCCAAUGUCAAAGCCCAGAUUCUUCAGUUGUGCGCAGGCUGCCUCUGGUUCGAUCAGUGGGAUCGCCGGGUGUCGGAAUCUUCUCGAUAUCCCCAGGCAAGGCGAGCAGGGUGCAUCACACGGAUCACCAACCAAGUCUGUUACCUGAUCGGGAGAAGAGGGCUGCUUGCAUUCGUCGCGAUGGCCGAGCAACCAAUGGAUCGAUUCCUGCCCGGUCAGCUGUGA